AUGACUGCUCCACCCAUCGAGGAAAGAAAGCCGGUUAAAGACCUGACGAAGGUCUUUCACUAUACAGAUACCAUGACUCGCAAGCCCACAAGAGACAACGAUCCCUAUGAAUACAUGGCCGGUUUUGGUAACCGUCACCAAUCCGAAGUGAUUCCCGGGACUCUACCAGCAGGCCAAAACAAUCCCCAGGAAGCUCGAUUUGGGUUGUACACGGAGGGUCUCACCUACUCCGCCUUCGUAGCUCCUCGGCAUGCCAACUUCAGCACUUACAUGUACCGAGUGCGGCCAGCUGCCGCUCAUAAUGGCUAUAAGGCCAACAUUCCUCACAAAGCGGAUAUUGAGAAUUGCUUUUUGAGCCUAAACCCCAAAGUGGCGACACUAGCAGAACAGGGUGAAUGGGCACCAUUUCCCCUACCCAGUGAUGAUGAGAGAAUCGACUUUGUGGACGGAUUACACGCGCUUGGGGGAAGUGGAGACCCUAAUCUGCGCGAGGGCAUUGCUCUCUACGUCUUCAUGAUAAACACAGACAUGGACCACCGCGCAUUUUGCAACACAGAUGGAGACUUCCUUAUCGCCGCCCAGCUGGGUAACUUGGAUAUUCAGACGGAACUAGGAAAAUUGUUCCUGCAACCUGGUGAAAUUUGUGUGAUUCCUCGUGGUAUCCGCUUUACAGUCCGACUGGGCCCUGGUCACAAUACUGCUCGCGGUUACAUAACAGAGAUCUGGGGUUCGAGAUGGGAACUGCCAGACCUGGGACCAUUAGGAGGACAUGGACUAGCCAAUCCGCGUGACUUCUUACACCCUGUGGCCUAUAUCGAUGAGAAUCUUCACGAAGACUGGUCUAUUGUGAACAAGACAAAUGGAUCUUACAAUGCCAUCGCACAGGACCAUAGUCCCUUUGACCUGGUGGCCUGGCAUGGAAAUGUUGUCCCUUACAAGUAUGACUUGACAAAGUUCUCGUCUCAGAAUGCGACAUCUAUCGACCACACUGAUCCUUCCGUCAACUGUGUUUUGACAGCCGCAUCUCGCGACCCCGUCACACCCCUGGCUGAUUUCUUGUGGUUUGGUCCACGCUGGGAUGUCGCCACCAACACCUUCCGUCAGCCAUACUUCCAUCGUAACUCGGCUACGGAAUUUUUGGCCUCUCUAUAUGGAAAUGGCCUUGGUCGCUCUGAUGACUUCCUUCCCGGUGGGGGCAGUGUAGAGACCAGCCACACACCCCAUGGAAACUUCAAUGAGGCCUACGUGUAUGAGAUGAGAAACCAGGUGAAUGAGCCCCGAAAAAUCCUAGAAGAUCAAAUGACUAUUAUGGUGGAGAGCAGCCGAUCUUUCUUGUUCACGGAGUAUGCGCGAAGCGGCUGUGGCACUUUCAAAGAUCAAGGCACUGACCCAAGGGCGUGGGAUGCGUUGCCAGACAAAUUCUCCUCGUACCCGAAUAUCCAGAAGAUUCUCCAGCGGGUUAAAGAAGACAAGGAGGCUCGCAAGCAGCAUCUGGAAAUAUUUUAUGAUGAUGAUCACCUGGCGGAGGCGGUCAAUCAAUAA